GGCGGACAGACUUGCCUUUUCCAGGUGUAGCCGCAGGGUGGGGAGUCACUUUACCCACCACUCUGUUCGUGAGGGGGCAGGACUCAAAGGGAGGAGGAGGUUUAUCAGAUGGGUUGUCUGCUUUUGGGUGUCUAUUGAAUCUGACGUUCUGCUCUGAGCUCUCAGAUGAGAAACGACUCCCACCAGAAUCGCAACUUUUUUGUUGCAUCAUAAGCCCAAAAAUCGUCGGAUAAACUUGAAAUUUUUUAAGAGGUUUUGUGCUGUUUUCGCAAAGUGUAUUUCUUGUGAUUGCGUGCCACUGAGGCUGGAAGUUUUCCCUGGGCUGAAGUCAGGAUGUCGGAUAUCUCAGUCAAUGACCAUCUGGAGGGGAUAUUGUCUGAUUUUGAGGCUCUGAAGAGGUCCUUUGAUAUUGAUGAUGUGAACGAGAUUCCCACAUUCUCCUCUACAUCUUCUGUCACAUCUCCCAUCAGCCCGAGUGCUAUCCUCAACAAGACAAAUGAUGUGAGGAGUCCAGGGAACCAAGUGUCUCCUCCUUAUCGCUCCAGGAUUAGUAUCAGCUGCAGUCCUGCCCAGAGCCCCGUUAUGAGAAAUAGGAUGGUUUCCAGUCUCUCCUUCAACCGAGGGACAAUGGGAAAACCCACUAUCAAUGCCAAUACUGGGAUCAACCGAGCUGCCUCUUUUCAAAACAAAUUCAACCCCAUCGGCUUCACUUCGUCUUCCGGGCCAGGAAGUGACAACGACAGUCUCCAUAGCUCCUCUUCCAGCCUGGAGUACCAGGCCUCUUCAAAACUCUGCUCCUACACAAGCCCUCCCCAGAGUCCUGUUGGUGUUGGGGAAUUCAAAGCCCAACGUUUAGGCAGCCCUGCCCUGAAGAAGUUCUCCUCACAUGGAAACAUGUUCCAUUCAGAGCUGGAGGGUCCUCUGGUCAUUUCAACUGAACCCAUGAGUAUUAGCCAUGGCUCCAUGCCUUCUUUGGACCUCCAGAUGGAGACUGUAGGAAUGAGACGAGUGAUUUCGCCUGGAUCACGAUUCACCAAUACAGGUCUGCAGUGGAAUCCCCAUAACAUCCAGAACAGCAGUUCCUUUGCAAGAGACUCCUCUAUCAACAGCCAGCCACCUAGGCCUAAAGAUCCGGUUCGCCUCAACAAGUUCCCUCUUGACCUUGAUAACUUGGUUUUCAAGUCUCAGACGGAAUCCUCAGGAGCACCUAAACCACCUCCAAGAUUCCACACGCUAUCCAACAGUCCCACUGUCUCAGCAAGUCCCUCUGCAUCCAUCAGCAGCCUGGACAGCGCAGACCUACCCAUGGCCCACAACAACAACAACAUCAUUGAAAAGAAAGAGCCCAUCACCCCUCCUGGAGCUAUCCCAGUACCCAACAUCAGCGAAUCUCCAGUGCCUCUGUCUCCAGCCCAGACUCCACAGUUCAAUGUGGUCUCUAAGCCCCAAGUGGUCCAGGUGGCCCCUGCUUCACCUUCCCUGUCAGGAUGGAUGGAGAUCAGCAAUGAUAUCGAUCAGGACGAUGUCCAUGCCAAAGAGAGUGUGGAUUCCAUAUUACAGCGAAUCGCCUCUUUCUCCAAAGUGGAGACUAAGGUGCCAGUGUCUGAGCCAAGUCUGGUCAUCCCCCUGAGCAAUGGCAUCAAAAAAGACUCACCAGCAAUACAACGUAAGGAGCUCAAGAGAUCAGAAGACACAGCACAGGAGCAGGGCCUGGAUCUGGAGCCACCUGUCCGGAUGGAGGAGGAGAUGGAGGAGAGGGAGGUGGAGGAGAGAGUGGUGGAGAUAGAACAUCCUCUGCCAUGCCUCAGUGAAUCUGACACACAAGGCAUUAUCAAGGGCAGAGAUCUAUUCGGAUAUGUCGGCAUUGAGGCAGUGUUGGACCAGAUGAGACGCAAAACCAUGAAGGCUGGCUUUGAAUUUAACAUCAUGGUGGUUGGUCAGAGCGGUCUGGGGAAGUCAACGCUCGUAAACACACUCUUCAAGUCCAAGGUCAGCAGGAAGUCCUGCACUCCUAAUUAUGAGGAGAAGAUCUCGAAAACUGUCCACCUGCAAUCAGUCAGCCACGUCAUCGAGGAGAAAGGGGUGAAGAUGAAGCUUACGGUAAUUGACACCCCUGGAUUUGGAGACCAAAUCAACAAUGAGAACUGCUGGGAGCCCAUUGUAAAGUAUGUCAAUGAACAGUAUGAAAAAUACCUGAAGGAGGAGCUGAAUGUCAACAGGAAGAGAAGAAUCCCUGACACCCGCGUUCAUUGCUGUGUCUACUUCCUGCCAGCCACUGGACACUGGUUACGCCCUAUAGAUGUGGAGUUCAUGAGGAGACUGGGGAAGAUAGUGAGCAUCGUCCCUGUGAUCGCCAAAGCAGACACGCUCACUCUGGAGGAGCGGCUAGAGUUCAAACAGAGGAUAAGACAGGACCUCCAGGCCAACGGGAUCAGAGUGUAUCCACAGAAAGAAUAUGAUGAGGAUGCUGAAGACCGGAUACUCAACGAUAAGAUUAGGGAAAACAUCCCCUUUGCUGUGGUGGGAACAGAUAAGGAACACCAGGUGAAUGGGAACAAAGUCUUGGGAAGAAAAACAAAGUGGGGGAUCAUCGAAGUUGAAAAUGUUGCGCAUUGCGAGUUUGCACACUUGAGAGAUCUUCUUAUCAGGUCCCACCUGCAAGAUUUGAAGGACGUCACUCACAACAUCCACUAUGAGGCCUAUAGGGUGAAAAGACUUAAUGAGAGCAAUGCCAAUGGACUGGCGCUUUCACCUUUGAUCCUGGAGAACGGUACCCUAGAGAAGAGCGAUGCAGAGAGUCACCAUUGAAAGAGAAUGGAGCGUGUGCCCGUCCUUCACCCCCAGUCAGAAUGGGAGAGAUGAACAUUUCACCUCUAGAUUGCCAUUGAUGGAAAAUCGACACGUUUGACUAAAGACAUUUCUGCUUAGGUGUGUAAACGUCAUAUAUGAGUCUAUUUUUGAAAUGAAUCUAUCUUGUGGGUAGGGUUCUGGGAUGAAUUAUGGGUAGAAUUGAACCAGGUUUUGGCUAAGAGAAAGUUUCCCUCUAUUUUUUUUCUCUCUCUUGAUAUCUUUGAUCUGUUUUCUGCCAAAUGAAUGGCACAGAGGGUUGGCAUGUUGGAAAACGUGUGUGUGUUCCUGCACGCCUGACACCUCGCUGGAUGAGAAAAUCCCAUAAUCCCUAUCUGUGUUACUGCACCUAUAUAUUUACACUGAACCAGUAAUGUGACAUGCUCCUUUUGAUCUUUUAUUUUCGUAAUUAUUUUAGUUUUUUUACUGCAAAAUAUGAUCUUUCCCUGUACUUUUGUAAAAGAAGAGGUUAAAAAAAAAAACUUUAGACAAAUAUUUUUGUUACCAUAGCUGCUUCGAAGCUGAAGGUAUUUUCUUAACAGAUCCUUAAAGAGUCUCUUACUGCUAUCCAUAAAUGACUGCUGUGAUGAUAGCCAGUGUGUUGAUAUAACGGGACAUUUUUCAAAUAUAACCUUUGACCUUAAAGGUCUGGUGUGAAAUGUAAUACUAUUGAUCACUUCUAAUGCAGAGAUGGAUAAAGGAACAAGAGAAAGCCGAUUCUUACUGAUGUUUGCCGUACAGUAACAGGUCAAGCUUACGGUUGUAUGUAGGGAUGUUUUUCUUUCACUAACCUAGUUAACUUACUGUUUAAAGGUACACAUUGUGCUGUUUACUUCUCUCCACUGGACGUCAGGAGUCCAUCUUUCCCUGUUGCUUAUCAAAGCUAUUGUACAUAUCCAUAAUGUGUUCUAAUUUUCUAUCACAGUAUCACAUUUUUUUACUCGACAUGUAUUAGCGGCAUCAUCAUCAUUUCCUUGUUACUAAUAUUACUAUACAUGUAAACACCAUUGAUUUAUGAUUAAAAAAUUGCCACCGUUCAAUUUUUAUGUGGAGCCACUGAUCAAUGUUAUUAGUUUCAUUGGAGAUUGCUGUAAUAUUAUACACUACCGUUCUAAAUUUUGGGGUCAGGAACAUUUUCUUUUUUUUU